CGGAAAUGGGCAGCGCUGCGAGGGAGAAUAGUCAAGUAAGAUUGUCCAUGAAACGCGGCGGAUUGAAGCGAGAGUUGCAGUAAAAUGUCUAAGUCCGAGGUUCUGAGAGGUUUUGUUACCGAGAGACUCGCCGCCGCCUCCCAGGAAAUCUUAGCGGCCGUGGACGGACUCGUAGCCGGGUACGAGGAGGAGGCGUCGGGCCUCAGACAGGAGAUCGACCGGCAGAGGAGACAGCUGGAGCUUCUCCUGCAGCCUCGGGUCAUACUCAACAAAGCCGGUGUGAAGUGCAGCAGGAGACUCCACCAUGAUGAAGAGGAUAACGAAGAUGAGUACGACAAGAAUCUGGAUAUGAAUAACAGAUCUCCAUCAAGGUCUUUGUCUUCCAGAGGUCAGUUAGAGCAGAGGAAGCAAAGCGGACCUCAGAUCAGUGAAACUCAGAACCACGUGGACCUCAGGAUCCGAUUCCAGGAGAACCCACAGACCGAAGUACCUUCAAAAAAAGAUGUUCAGUAUCUGUUCCUGAUUAAAGAAGAGGUUCCCCCUGAGUUGAGCCCUCGUCUGGAUCAGGAGGAACCAAAGAGCCCAAACAUUAAAGAGGAACAGGAGGAACUCCGGACCAGUCAGGAGGGAGAACAGCUUCAAAGGUUGGAGGAGGCUGAUGAUGCCAUGGUCCCACUCACUCCUGUCCAUGUGAAGACUGAAGAUGAUGAGGAGAAACCUCAGUCUUCACAGCCUCAUCGAAGCCGAACUGAAAGGAGCAGAGAGGCAGAGCCUCCGUCCAGCAGCUCAGCUCAGCAGAUGGAAACAGAGGCUGAUGGAGACGACUGUGGAGGAUCUGAACCAGACAGGAACUUAGAUCCACAUGGUCAUCUUCAACCAGACACAGAUGAACAGGUCUCACAGUCCUCCGAGACUGAAGACAGUGACAUUGAUUGGAAGGAAACCAGAGCAAGAUUUAAGGGACAGACGAAUCUUAGGUGGCACAUGAACGCCCAUACAGGAGAGAAACCAUCUGUUUAUGAUGUUGGUGGGAAAGAAUCCUACCAACAGCAUCAAGUCACAGCGGACGUGAAAGUCCAUACAGGAGAGAAACCAUUUGGUUGCAGUGUUUGUGGGAAGACAUUUAAUGCGAAGAGGAAUCUUAAUAGACACAUAAAACUUCAUACAGGGGAGAAACCAUUUGGUUGUGAUGUUUGUGGGAUGAGAUUUAUGGAAAAUGCAACCCUCACGAGGCACAUGAAAGUUCAUACAGGAGAGAAACCAUUUGGUUGUGAUGUUUGUGGGAAAACAUUUAACCGACAGCAACAUUUUAAGAUGCACAUGACAGUACAUACAGGAGAGAAACCGUUCAGUUGCAGUCUUUGUGGGAAAACAUAUACGCGACAGGGCAAACUUACGUUGCACCAGAGAGUCCAUACAGGAGAGAAACCAUUUGGUUGAGAUGUUUGUGGGAAAAGAUGUCAUAGACAGUGGCUUUUUAAGGUUCACAUGAGAGUUCAUUGCAAUUGCGAAUUGCAGUAUUUGUGGUGAACAAUUUAUGUAUCGUUCAACCAGCGUUAACCAUAUGAAGAUAUGUAAACACAAGUAUGUUACUGAGGGCAGCAGCAGUAACUGAAGCUUCACAGUUGCUGGUUGAAAUGAACUGGAAGACCUCAUCACAGCAUCAUUGAAAUGCAGAGCACAGGUAACAUUCACCGGUGAAAUUUGUAUGAAAGUGUAUCACAAGUUAACGGUAUUGUUCUAUGUCAUUCUUACACGUUUGUAUUUUCUUUUAUUGUUAAACUGCGUUUCAUUAUUGCUCAUAUCUACCUGUAUACUAAAUUAUUUUGUCAUUGUGACAGUUUGAGUUUAUGUAUUUUUGUUUGAGAAAUAAAUUCAGACUUAAUUUAUUUCAGUUACUGAUGAAACAAGUUGUAACUGUACAAUAUUGUUGUAUUGCUUUGAGACUUUGGGUGAUGGCUGGAUGUUGAAGUGCUUUCCCAGUCAAGGGGAGAAGAUUUUGUACAUUUAGUUGAUGAUUUAAAUGUAGUACUUGUAAUAAUUUUUACAUUGUUGUAUUAUUACUUUUAAUAAAAUAAAGAAUACUUUUUCCUC